GUGCGCGUCCGCGCCGCGAGACAGUGAGGCGGGGGGAGCUCGAGAGCCGAGCGGAGCCAGUUGACUGAAAUAGCUGUGAUGGCCACCCUUGAGAAAUGCCCAGACCUGAGGUUCCAGCAGACGAGUCCAACAGACUCUAAUACAGGUCAAAAGAGCUGUUCUUUGGAGACCGACUGGAAAACCCCAACUCUGUCUGUGAAGUUCCAGAGUCGCUUUGGUCACUGUUCAAGUAUGGCUGACAGUGGGGAUACAGCAAUCGGGACCUCCUGCUCAGACAGCACAGAGGAAUUUUGGAAUUCCAGUAGCAGUUCCUCGUUUCAGCCCAUCAAAACCCAAGUGACCAUCCCCACAGCCCAUGUCAUGCCUUCUACGUUGGGUACGUCACCCUCCACGCUCUACUCAACAGGUGAGCCGAGCUCUUUGCAGAAUGCCCCAGUUUCAUCCAAACCAGCCGUACCAAGAUCGUCCACUGAAAAUGGAGGGCUGACAAGAAGUGGAGGUUUUACUGCUGUGAAAUCCUCUCAAGUGGAUCUCUUGCAUCUCUACGGGACGUCUGGGGGAAAUGGUUUUGAGCAGUCCUGGUUUCCUAUUUCUGAUCAUCUGAGAGCGGAAGACACUCGAAAAUUUGACACUCCUGCCAUUGAGCCUACCCUUAAUCAAUCUGUUUUGCUGGAUACGCUGCACGCUGACCCAGCCCACAAGUUCCAGGAUCCAAGCUUGAUUUCCACUUACAAAGUGCUGCCAGAGACUAAACCAGCAACAGGGGCCAGUGAAGCCUGUGAGCAACGAAAUGGUACUUGGCCCACUGGGAGCAGACUGCCAUUGGGAUUUCAGCCCAAUAACAUCUUUUCGAAACCAAUGGCGGCUCAGUCUCAGGUGUGGAGGCAGGAGCCUUGCACUUUGCAUCCACAUCAGAGGGCCUGUGAACUCAGUGCUUGGAGGCAGCAGCUGGACAACAUACGGUUGCAAGUAGAACAGAUGCAGUUACAAAAUGGAGCGGCUUGCCACCAGCCUUCAAUGUAUGCUACUUCACUGCACUCCACUGAUCCAGCCCAAUGGGUCAGUAUCCUGAACACCAGUGAGAAUCUACUUAAGGAAAAAGAGAUCCUCAUUGACAGGCAGAGGCAGCACAUCUCCCAGUUGGAGCAGAAAGUGCGUGAGAGUGAGCUGCAGGUUCACAGUGCUCUUCUUAGCUGUGCUGCCCCCUAUGGAGAUAUUUGCAUGUUGAGAAUGCAGGAGCUGCAGCGGGAGAACUCGUUCCUGCGAGCACAGUUUACUGAGAAGACUGAAUCCCUCAGUAAGGAAAAGAUUGAACUGGAGAAGAAGCUGGCUGCUUCAGAGGUGGAUGCGAAACUGAUUCGGGAGACACUGAAGGAGACCGUGCAGAAACAUGUAGAAGAAUUGAAGAAACAAGAAGAGAGGGUAAAGGGAAGAGACAAACAUAUUAACAGUCUGAAAAAGAAAUGCCAAAAGGAGUCUGAGCAAAACCGGGAGAGACAGCAGAGAAUUGAGACCCUGGAGCGCUACCUGGCUGAUCUGCCAACAUUGGAGGAUCAUCAGAAACAGAAUCAGCAGUUAAAGGAAUCGGAACUGAAGAGUUCUGCUCUGCAGGAAACCGUGACGGCGCUGAAAAGAGAGCUUGGAGAUGUCCGGGCUGCCUGCAGAGAGCAGGAGAUGCAGCUAGAAACACAAAAACGCAAAGAACUGGAGUUGCUUUCCACUGUUCACAGCUUGCAGGACAGAGUGCAGCAGUGUGUGAAGAGUGCAGGCAGAGGGUCACCUGUCCAGGAGGUGGAGAAACAGAAAUCAGAAAAUGAUUCUCUGCAGAAAGACUGUGAUUGUCUCAGGAAGAUUGUGGACAAACAGCAGAAGAAGAUGGAGCAGUUGUCUUCACGAAUAAAGAGCCUGGAAGAACAGGUGUCUCAGGAAGAGGGGACAAGUCAGGCUCUGAAGGAGGAGGCGACGCGAAGAGAAAACUCACUGCAGCAGCUACGCACUGCCGUGAAAGAGCUUUCAGUGCAGAACCAGGAUCUGAUUGAGAAGAAUUUGACCCUACAGGAGCACCUCCAGCAGGUAGAGUUGAACCAACCGCUUCCUGUCGGGACAGCACAUCUCGCCCAUGAGUUACACAGUGAACUGGCCAGCUGUCUACAGGAUUUGCAGUCUGUCUACAGCAUUGUGACUCAAAGAGCACAAGGCAAGGAUCCCAACCUUUCCCUGCUCCUGGGCAUUCACUCUGUGCAAUCUUCAGUUAAGGAGAAGGAUGACUUGCUGAACCCAGACGUGCUUGCAAAGAAACUGAUGGAGGCGAAACAGCUUCACAAAGAGAUCGAGGACUUACGGACUGCAAUAUCUGACAGAUAUGCACAGGAUAUGGGGGACAACUGCAUCACGCAGUGA